AUGUGUAUAAGAGACAGGAAUAAAUCGUGUCCUUUUGUUCCUGCACCGAUUAAUGGCACCAAGAAUGGUACUUCAAAUAUUGAAGGAAGUCACCUGAUAUUCACCUGUGACCCUGGAUUUGAUCUUCUCGGAAGUGAGGACAUUGUGUGUCAAGCAGAUGGAAAUUGGUCGGAUAACCCGCCAGUCUGUAUUCGAAUAUAUUGUGUGCCCGUCGAUGAACCAGUGAAUGGAAAUAUACAAGGUGAUCUUUGCACUGUUGGGAGUGUUUUACAAUUUAGCUGUAAUGAAGGGUAUCAAUUACAUGGUUCUGAAGAAAUUAUAUGUAAAGAGAGUGGCGAAUGGUCCGGAGAAGCACCAGCGUGUGAAGAAGCAGAUUCUGCAUCGUUGGCCUUGAUUAUUGGUGUCACUUUGGUUUGUAUAGCUAUUUUCACAAUUUGUGUUGUUCUUGUUAUCAAGAAGAAAAAGAAGGUCAAAGUCCAUGCUGAAUCAAUACAGAAUGAUGAUUUCAAUCUCUAA